AUGGUUGAGAGAGAAAUGGGAGAUGUGGGAGGAAUGGAGGUGCACGUGUUGGUUGGAAUAUUUGCACACCCCAUCUUCACCAAUGAAGGCGAUUACCCAGCAGUGGUUCGGCAGAGGGUGGAUGCCAACAGCGCAGCAGAGGCGAGGCCCCGGUCACGGUUGCCAACUUUUACACAGGAAGAAAUUGAUUACAUCAGAGGUUCCGCUGACUUCUUCGGAGUGAACAACUUUCGCACUGGCUACGUGUCUCCAUCUGACAUUGGAAUAUCGCCAUCGAAAGCCAAGGACACAGGCGUUAUUGUCGGCACUGGUGAGCGUAGUGCAGAAGGAUUCCGAAAGCUGCUCAACUGGAUUGCUGCUGAAUAUCCAGGCUACCCGAUUAUCGUGACAGCGAAUGGACUGCCAGACUCUGGAGGUGUUAACGACCAGAACAGAAUUUAUACUUACACAAGAUUUUUGACGGCGUUGCUUCAGGCUGUCAACACGGAUGGAGUUCCAGUAGUUGGUUAUCAUGCUUGGAGCCUUAUGGACAGCUUCGAAUGGAACUACAGAUUCGAAGUAAAACGCGGGCUGUAUGAAGUUGACUUUGAAAGUGCAAACAAAACCAGAACGCCGAAAGCAUCGUUGGCCUUCAUGUCGCAGAUCUACAAGAGCAGAGAACUGCCCCUGGAGCACUUCCAAUAGACGUUUCCGGAGUCGCUACUGCAGCUU